AUGAGCUCCGUCGUCUAUCUCAUGAUCCGUGAUGAUUUCUCCGUCCUAUCUUUUGGAUUUGCCGACCAAAAUGUGAUUUUAUGGUCGCCUGUGAAGUUUGGUGGACUUUGGUCACGCCGUUUAGGAGUUGGCCGUAGUUGGCUUCCUUGUGCGCGGUAUGGCCGAGAGAAAUUGGUGGCCGCCUUGUUUCGUGUGAUGGCCUGUGUAUCUCCUUGUAACCUCCCUUUGGCCGCCAUAUGCAUGUUGGUUUUGAGGUUGGUUAUAGGUUGUAGGUCGGUUAGGGCAUUGAAGUGCUGGAAAAGGAAAGUUUCCCAUGAGCCAAGCCUUCUUCUCCACGUCGUGUAUGGGCCGACAUUGUACCAAGGAAAGCUCCAAACAUUAGCCAGGCCUCUUCUUUAUUCAAUCAAGGCCUUUGGCGCUGCUGCUCGGGCCAUUAGACACUCCAAAUCCUCCAUGGGCUUCGUUUACUCGCUUACCGGACAUGUCUCGGUAGAAAAUAAGUCUAGGCCUCAUAGUUGA